GUUUGAUUUGGUGUGGAUUUAGGAGCAUUGUAAAAUAGGGUACAACGUGAUCUAUUCGCUAGUGUAGCCUGGACAAAUGGACGACACGUGCAAUGAAAGCAAAUUCCUCUCAGACUUAUUCUACCAAGCAGUGAGGGAUCACAAACCUGUGUGGAUGUUGGAAGAAAUGAGAAACCUGAAUACUUUUCACUGGGAAAAAAACAUCCAUCAACAGACUUACACCCCAUCCGAGGCGCUUCUCUAUGCCAUCAUGUACAGAAACCAAUAUUACGCAAAAUACUUGCUGGAACAGUUUUCAGACGUUGCUCUUGCAAUGCCAGGAGAUCAAUUCACCUAUUUUCCACCAUCAGCUUCACACCUGGAAAUGGCUAUCCGCUAUGGCAGGAAUGACAUCAUAGCUUCUAUCCUUCAGGUGGUUCAUAGAACACCUUCUCUGUGCUUAUACAUAAACCAGUGUGGGUUCAAAAACUUAAAUGGUGGCAGAACUCCACUCCAUGUGGCAUGUGAGCUUUUAGAACCACAUACCGUCAUAAUAUUAUUGGGAAAUGGGGCUUCACCACAAGCUGAGGAUAAGAAUGGAAUGACACCACUGGAUCUCCUAUUGAAGAAACUUUGGACCAACAAAGAGGAUAAAGAUGCCAUUGAGUGUAUUCGGGCUUCCAGAAUGUGCAUUGAGAAUCUGCUCUUUUUCAUGCCUAAGUUGCAAUUUAAAAUGAAGAGCACACUUAAAGAGUAUCAACUGUUCUGGUCCACAGUUCUGGGAGAGGAGCAGUAUAACCUUCUAGUGGGGAGAAUUCCUGCAACACUUUAUCUCAUAGCUAUGCAGAAAAUCUUGUCUCAACUGCCUCCACAUGAAUUGUUAGAAAAUCUUGAUAAACUGCCCAUUCCAGCUUUUCUGAAACCUCGCAUACACUAUUAACAGAUAGUUAAAAGUGGCCUACGUUCUUAUCAUGCGUUUUGUUGUCUUUUAUCCCAAUUAAAUUCA